AUGCAUUUCUUUGAAAAGAUUACAGCUCUCUUGAGUCUCUUUGUCUGCCUGUUCAGCUUUUCUGAUGCCUAUACCAACCCAAUCCGUAACCCAGGCGGCUCUGACCCCUUCCUAGUCUACACCGGCGGUUACUACUAUUUACUCACCACGUCUUGGAACGAUGUUCAGAUCUCCCGAGCAACCAGUAUAGAUGGUCUCAAGUCGGCCACCAAGAAGGUCGUAUAUUCAACGUCCACGACAUCGCGUUGCUGCAAUGUGUGGGCUCCUGAGGUUCACUACCUAGGUGGAGCUUGGUAUAUCUACUACACUGCAGGUACCAGUGCGAACCUCGACGGACAGAGACUUCAUGUUCUCAAGGGUGGUGCUACACCUUGGGACACAUACAGCUACGCUGGUCAGCUGACAAACGAGUGGUCUAUCGACGGCUCUGUCCUUCGCUUCAACAACUAUGGCAACUGGCUCAUGUUCUCGUGCUUCCACGGGGUUCAGUAUCAGUCCAUAUGCAUCCAGAAGCUCUCGGACAGCUACACGUCGCUCACGGGCUCGAUCUAUGUCAUUUCCCAGCCGACUCUCGCCUUUGAGCGCAACGGCACGCCCGUCAACGAGGCCCCCGCCGCACUGUACUUCAACGGCAAGACCCACAUCGCUUAUGCCGCGUCCUACUGCUGGACGGCCAACUACUGCAUAGGACUGCUCACGUGGGAUGGGACCACCGCGCCGUACCUCGCCAGCGCUUGGAGCAAGAACAGUGGGUGUGUCUUCUCGAGUGCCAAUGGAAACUACGGCCCCGCGAGUAAUGGGUUCUUCCAGAGCCCGGACACCAAGCAGACGUGGCUCGUGUAUCAUGCAACUAGCAAUUCGGCUGGCGCGUGUGAUGAUUCGAGGUAUACGAUGGUGCAGCCUUUGACUGCGAACAGUAAUGGGGGUCCGAACUUUGGGAUCCCGGCCCCGUUCUCGCAGUCUUACAACGAACCUUCUGCGUAA